AAUAGUAUAAAAUUGAAAGCAUAGUUUUAUAUUAAAACGAAGAAUGGCAACUCAAUUUACCUACUACCUGUUUACUUUGUGUCUCAUUUGCGUUAACUCGCAAGCAACCGUGGAUCGUCACGUCUUGUACUGGAAUUCUGUCAUGACGCCAGGACUAAAAAAGAACGAUUACGUCAUGCAAGUUAAGAUGGGUCAAUUCAUGGACAUCCUCUGUCCUCAACGAAGCUUGAUGGGUAUUACGGGACCGAAAGAACCGACCACCUUCGAUCUUUACAAUGUAACCGAAGAUAAUUACCAACAAUGCAACACUGGGGGCCACAAGAACUUCAUAUUCGCUUGCGACCGACCGGAACGUGAAAAUAAGCUCACCAUCAAGUUCCAGACCAUCAGUCCCUCGCCUCUCGGAUUUCGUUUCCAGUAUUGCUCCGAAUAUUACUUUGUCGCUGUACCACGCAACGGAAGAAGAGGCAAACAGAGCGGCUGCCACAAGCAAUCGACCAGACUCCGUAUCUCGGUUGGAUGUCACGAAACAACAACAACGUCUACUACCACUACUACUACGACUACUACCACCACUACUACAACUACCACAACCCCCAAACCGACAACUUCCACUGCAAACCCUGAUUAUGAGUUCAUCAAAAAACUUCUUGCGAGCACCAAGGACACCCAAUCCAGCAGAGACGAAACUUUCGUCCCAAAACUCAAAUCACUCUUGAUCAAAUCUUCUGAAAAGAAUUCUCCAGUGGUAUUGGCAUCGAGUUUGGACCAAACAUCAGACAACAAGGGGAACGCGGCGCCUUCUCACACCUCUGUGUUCAGCACCACGUUGCUGGUCAUGCUUACAUCGUGGGUGCUUCGGUCUUUAUUGCUUGUUUAGCACGACUCGACCAAAUAUGGACAAAUCACAAGGGCAUGAGUCAGAGUGACCUGCUCGCCGCGAGCGCCACGCAAGGCGCUAGAGAGUGUUCGUUUUAUUUCUUCCCGCCAUUUAUUCGUCAUUUUCGUUCCAACAAUCAAGGUUGGUCAGGGAAACGUCAUAACUUUAUCGAACUUUGUCAGAACUAUCGGAACGCCAUAUCGCUGCGUAGUUUUCCUGUACAACACUUUUACGGCUUGUUCAAGGAAAAUUCACGAACGCUGGACUGCUUUUACCACAAGCAGCCCAUUUUCUGAACCGACAUGCAGUCAGAUAAAGAGCUUUAACUUUGACUGUUUGCCACGACACACUGUAUUGUGCAAUUGUUUUUACCUCACUGUGUAAUAUCGUGUUUACUAUCGCUGUUUUUUACUCAAAAUCGCAAACCUGUUGAAAAUAAAACCAAAACAA